CCUCACACUCCCCCCUUACAUCCUCGAUUGUUUCCAAUGUGAGCACACGAACGAACCGGUACUGGUUGGAGUAAAGUGAACAUAGGAUCAGUCCUUGCACGGUGGAUAUGUUGAGGAGACCGUUUGCUGUAGAUAUUAUCCACCGAUAAGAUUACAACGCCUCCAAAAUCUGUUUGACGCGCGUCGUGACAUCUGGGAAGCGAAGAUCUACACCCGCGUGAGUUUUUCCAUGCAAUCGUGGCAGGAAUAAAAUGGAAGACAGGAAUGACGGAGUGCGACUUGGAGAGAACAAAUUCAUCAGCAAGAGCAACAUUUUGUCGCAUUUAAAGACCUACAAUCUUUAUUAUGAAGGGAAGAACCUGCAGCUACGACACAGAGAGGAAGAGGGGGAGUUGAUCAUAGAAGGACUUCUCAAUAUCUCGUGGGGUUUGCGUCGACCAAUCAGGCUACAGAUGCAGGACGACCACGAGCGAAUCAGACCACCUCCCUCCUCGACCUCCUGGCACUCAGGCUGCAACCUGGACAACCAGAGCCAGGAGGGUCAGAAACAGACUCCGCCUCAGGUGGAGGUCACACCUCCAGAGGACCAAUCAAGCAACGGCACAACACAACAUCACGCAGAGGAGAAUGAAGAUGAAGAGGAGUGUGACAUCUCCUCUCAGCUUCUCCGAACCAAAAGUGAUGCUGGUGUGCUGAGGCGGGGCAGGAGACGGUCUCCUAGCGACCAGCGGCGAAUCAGAAGGCACAGAUUUUCCAUCAAUGGUCACUUUUACAACCACAAGACGUCUGUUUUCACGCCUGCAUACGGUUCUGUAACUAACGUACGGAUAAACAGCUGUAUGACCACGCCACAAGUGCUGCGAGUUUUACUGAACAAGUUUAAGAUUGAAAACAGCCCAGAUGACUUCGCCCUUUAUCUCGUUCACACCAGUGGAGAGCGUGUGAAGUUGAAGCGUACAGACUACCCAUUAGUGGUAAGAAUAAUUCAGGGCCCGUGCGAGCAGGUCUGCAGGAUAUUUCUAAUGGAACCUGACCUAGGAGAAGAGAUCCCUUAUGAAGUGGCACAAUACAUCAAAUUUGAGAUGCCUGUUCUGCAGAGCUUUAUCACCAAACUGAAGGAAGAGGAGGACAGGGAGGUGCAGAAACUAAGAAGCAGAUACAAAUCCCUGCGAUAUAUCAUCGAGAAACAGCUGCAGUGUUUACCUGAAGGUUCCACCUGUAUAUGAAGAGCACUUCACCUUCCCUGUUUUCUUUAGCACUCCUGUUUCUUAUCGUUCUCUCUCAAAGCACAUGUUUCCUCUUUAUGUUAAUGCUCAUAGACAGAAUUACUUCAGCACAGUCCGCCCUAAACGACUCCCAGUCUGAACCACUAAUGUGCAUUGAAUCGAUAUUUGUUACAAUGACAAUAUGUUGACCGACGUUAAUGGACGGUACACCUUGUUAUAUGAAAUUGAUUGUAUAUUUUUCUCUCUGUAUUGUUGCAUGAAUUGGUGCUAAAGCGAAUCACAUACAGGUACAAGAGUAUAAAAGCACAUUCCAAUAAUCCAGGGAAUUUCUUGAUCCAGUUAGGACUAGAAAUGGAAAUUAUAAUGACGAGCACAAGUUAACAAACAUGAGUGCUGACAACUGCAGUACAUUCAUCUGGCUAAAGACCCCAUGAAAUCUCAAAUGCAAAUGUUUUUUUAAGCAAUCAGUAAUUUAUACGUUGCAGUCAUAAACCAUGAUUGUAGAUGGCAUUAGGGGAGGGGCAUUCUCAACCUACAAGAGCAUCUGAUUGGACAAAAAUCUGCAAGAUUUUGAUUUCAUGGGGUCUUUAAUCUUUUUUUUAUUUUCAAGUCAAGAGUGGUUGAUUUGGCAGACCCUGUCUGUCAAAUCUAAUUGUGAAAUUAGGAGCAUCAAAGUUUGAUUUCAUUCAUUGAUUUCAAUCUUUUUGACAUGGCCUUACAAAGUCAAUAUUAAAGAUAUCAAGGUUAUAUUUUAACAGAAUGUACUUUACAUUAUGUAAGAAGAUUUUAUGUAGAAAAAUUUAACCCGCCCUAAAAAAAUGACUUUUGCUGGGUUUUCACAGGCCGUGUGCUUACUGAGCCAAUCUGUUAUAUCUUAUAGCUGUCUAAACAGCAAUCCUUGUAUAAAUGAGGCAUAUGCAUAUACUGCCUAUAGUGUUAGCCGACUGCAAAACACUUUUGAUCCCAGUUGACCAACGUCUCAUUUAGACAGUGAUUUACAAACCCCUUUUGUACCAGAAUGGUAAUAAUGGUCUGUAUAGAUUGAAGUGCUCUUUGCUGAGGUAUAAGACUGUGAAUUUAAAGCAUGAUUGAGAUCAAACUGAUGAAGCGCCGCAAGGGGAAUGUAGGAUCUGAACACUGUUCGGAUGUUUGUAUGUAUGUGGGUUAGGGUGACUAGUAUGUAUUUUUGGGUACAGCAGGAGGAAAGCGUGGAUAUAGUUGCUAACAAGUUAAUUUUUUUUUACAUUUUGACAACUCUCAUUUAUUUACUGAUCGCUGUGUUGUCAUUGUUGCUAUGUUAAGAUACAGUUUGAUAUCUGGCAUGAUUUUAGUCUAUUAUAAUGCUACUGAAAUUGUAAAACUGAGAUUAUGAUGAUACUUAUAUUUAAAUAAAAUGUCAUCAGAAACUAA